AUGGUUGACAGCAAAAUGCUUGAGUUGAAUUCGGGCGUGGAGACAAAUGAAACAAUUGGAGUGGAACAGUUGGAUUGGGCGUCGGAAAUGGAAGAAGAUGGUACAUUUGCUGGUAUGCUCCAAAUGCAGCAUUCUGAAGAUAGGGUUAGGGUGGUAGAUUUAAGAAUGGAGGAGACGCAACUGGGUGCUGCACGGUUGGUGGGACUUAGACAAUGCGAUUUGGAGCUGACAACAAUCUUCCUGGCGCUGGUGGUGGAAUGA